AUGCACAGGCGAGAGCAACCAGCAGGUGCUGGCGCAGGCCAGGGAUCUCAGAGGCCAGAGCCUCAAAAUGAACACCGCACUGUGAGUCCAGCAACACAGACGGCGCGCUUACAACCAGAUGAGAUGCUUUUGGAUCAUUUUGGAGACUUCAACAAUGCGUCGCUGUUUGAUGGCUUUGAACAACGCGACCCUGUUGUUUCCCCACCUCGAGACUCGCCGCCCCACGCUCGUACCAGGACCAACGAAGCUGUAACUUUACCGGAUCCGCUCAUGGAGCCUUUGGACAGUGCUUCUGCGUCUUGCUGUCGGGAUGGCAUUGACAGUGGCACUCUGAUUAGACAAGCCACUUCAAUUGUGCUGUGUGCGCGAGAAAAACAUCAUCUUUCACAGACUGGCGUAAAUGAUGUGGUGGCUGCAAUACAGGAGUAUCAAGUUACACGUCCCUCACACGUCCCUCGCACGUCACACGUCCCUCCCUCACACGUCCCUCACACGUCCCUCACACGUCCGUCACACGUCCCUCACACGUCCGUCACACGUCCCUCACACGUCCGUCACACGUCCCUCACACGUCCGUUACACGUCCCUCACACGUCUGUCACACGUCCGUCGCACGUCAGUUACACGUCCCUCACACGUCCCUCGCACGUCACACGUCCCUCACACGUCUGUCACACGUCCCUCACACGUCGCACGUCAGUUACACGUCCCUCACACGUCCCUCGCACGUCACACGUCCCUCACACGUCCGUCACACGUCCCUCACACGUCCGUUACACGUCCCUCACGCGUCCGUCACACGUCCCUCACACGUCCGUCACACGUCCCUCACACGUCCGUCACACGUCCCUCACACGUCACACGUCCCUCACACGUCCGUCACACGUCCCUCACACGUCCGUUACACGUCCCUCACGCGUCCGUCACACGUCCCUCACACGUCCGUUACACGUCCCUCACACGUCCGUUACACGUCCCUCACACGUCUGUCACACGUCCCUCACACGUCCGUUACACGUCCCUCACGCGUCCGUCACACGUCCCUCACACGUCCGUUACACGUCCCUCACACGCGUUCCUCACACGUCCCUCACACGUCCGUUACGCGUCCCUCACACGUCUGUUACGCGUCCCUCACACGUCCGUCACGCGUCCCUCACACGUCCCUCACGCGUCCCUCACACGUCCGUCACGCGUCCCUCACACGUCCCUCACACGUCUGUCAAGCGUCCCUCACACGUCUGUCACGCGUCCCUCACACGUCUGUCACAAGUCCCUCACACGUCUGUCACACGUCCCUCACACGUCUGUCACACGUCCCUCACACGUCCCUCACACGUCACUCACACGUCCCUCACGCGUCCCUCACACGUCCGUUACGCGUCCCUCACACGUCCGUCACGCGUCCCUCACACGUCUGUCACACGUCCGUCACGCGUCCCUCACACGUCCCUCACACGUCCCUCACACGUCUGUCACGCGUCCCUCACACGUCCGUUACGCGUCCCUCACACGUCCGUUACGCGUCCCUCACACGUCCGUUACGCGUCCCUCACACGUCCGUCAGGCGUUCCUCACACGUCCCUCACACGUCCGUUACGCGUCCCUCACACGUCUGUUACGCGUCCCUCACACGUCCGUCACGCGUCCCUCACACGUCCCUCACGCGUCCCUCACACGUCCGUCACGCGUCCCUCACACGUCCCUCACACGUCUGUCAAGCGUCCCUCACACGUCUGUCACGCGUCCCUCACACGUCUGUCACGCGUCCCUCACACGUCUGUCAAGCGUCCCUCACUCGUCUGUCACGCGUCCCUCACACGUCCGUCACGCGUCCCUCACACGUCCCUCACGCGUCCCUCACACGUCUGUCAAGCGUCCGUCACACGUCUGUCACGCGUCCCUCACACGUCUGUCACGCGUCCCUCACUCGUCUGUCACGUGUCCCUCACACGUCUGUCACACGUCCCUAACACCUCUUCACGCGUCCCUCACGCGUCCCUCACACGUCUGUCACACGUCCCUCACACGUCUGUCACGCGUCCCUCACACGUCUGUCACACGUCUGUAACGCGUCCCUCACACGUCCGUUACGCGUCCCUCACACGUCUGUCGCGCGUCCGUUACGCGUCCCUCACACGUCUGUCACGCGUCCCUCACACGUCUGUCACGCGUCCCUCACACGUCUGUCACCCGUCCCUCACACGUCUGUCACGCGUCCCUCACACGUCUGUCACACUUACACGUCCCUCACACGUCCCUCGCACGUCACACGUCCCUCACACGUCCCUCACACGUCCGUCACACGUCCCUCACACGUCCGUCACACGUCCCUCACACGUCCGUCACACGUCCCUCACACGUCCGUUACACGUCCCUCACACGUCUGUCACACGUCCGUCGCACGUCAGUUACACGUCCCCUCACACGUCCCUCGCACGUCACACGUCCCUCACACGUCUGUCACACGUCCCUCACACGUCGCACGUCAGUUACACGUCCCUCACACGUCCCUCGCACGUCACACGUCCCUCACACGUCCGUCACACGUCCCUCACACGUCCGUUACACGUCCCUCACGCGUCCGUCACACGUCCCUCACACGUCCGUCACACGUCCCUCACACGUCCGUCACACGUCCCUCACACGUCACACGUCCCUCACACGUCCGUCACACGUCCCUCACACGUCCGUUACACGUCCCUCACGCGUCCGUCACACGUCCCUCACACGUCCGUUACACGUCCCUCACACGUCCGUUACACGUCCCUCACACGUCUGUCACACGUCCCUCACACGUCCGUUACACGUCCCUCACACGUCUGUCACACGUCCCUAACACGUCGCACGUCAGUUACACGUCCCUCACACGUCCCUCGCACGUCACACGUCCCUCACACGUCCGUCACACGUCCCUCACACGUCCCUCGCACGUCACACGUCCCUCACACGUCCGUUACACGUCCCUCACGCGUCCGUCACACGUCCCUCACACGUCCGUUACACGUCCCUCACACGUCCGUUACACGUCCCUCACGCGUCCGUCACACGUCCCUCACACGUCCGUUACACGUCCCUCACACGUCCGUCACACGUCCCUCACACGUCCGUUACACGUCCCUCACGCGUCCGUCACACGUCCCUCACACGUCCGUUACACGUCCCUCACACGUCCGUUACACGUCCCUCACACGUCUGUCACACGUCCCUCACACGUCCGUUACACGUCCCUCACACGUCUGUCACACGUCCCUCACACGUCGCACGUCAGUUACACGUCCCUCACACGUCCCUCGCACGUCACACGUCCCUCACACGUCCGUCACACGUCCCUCACACGUCCGUUACACGUCCCUCACGCGUCUGUCACACGUCUGUCACGCGUCCCUCACACGUCUGUCACGCGUCCCUCACACGUCCGUCACACGUCCCUCACUCGUCCGUCACACGUCCCUCACACGUCCCUCUCACGUCACUCACACGUCCCUCACUCGUCCCUCACACGUCACACGUCCCUCACACGUCACACGUCCCUCACACGUCCCUCACUUGUCCCUCACACGCCUGUCACACGUCCCUCACACGUCCCUCACACGUCCCUCACGCGUCCGUUACACGUCCCUCGCACGUCACUCACUCGUCCCUCACACGUCCGUCACAUGUCACACGUCCCUCACACGUCCCUCACAUGUCACACGUCCCUCACACGUCCUUCACACGUCCCUCACUCGUCCGUCACACGUCCCUCACGCGUCACUCACACGUCCCUCACACGUCCCUCACAUGUCACACGUCCCUCACACGUCACACGUCACUCACACGUCCCUCACUCGUCCCUCACACGUCACACGUCCCUCACAUGUCACACGUCCCUCACACGUCACACGUCCCUCACACGUCCGUCACACGUCCCUCACACGACUUUGUGCAGCAGCGAUGGAGAAACUGUUUGGUCUGCUCAUUCUGCUGGGACUCUUCUCUGCCGGGAGCCUGCAGCAGCUGAAGCCUGAGCCCACUGAACCAGUGCCUAAUCCACUUCCAGUGCUCAGUGAACCACGCUGUUGGACCAAGUGGCUGGACCGGGACGACCCCUCAGGGGAGGGGGACUUUGAGACCCUGGCCGACCUCCUGGAGGAAUCGCCGGAUGAUGUGUGUCCCGAGCCAGUGGACGUGGAGGCCCUGACUCUGGCGGGAGAGACCCCAGCAGCUGCUGGAGAUACUGUGGUGAUGAACGUAAAUGAGGGUUUUUACUGCAAGAACAAAGACCAAAAGGACAAAAAGUGCAACGACUACAAAGUCCGCUUCAGCUGCCCUCCCGAGUUCUGCAAACCCCAAUUGUGCUGGACCCAGUGGUUUGACCGCGAUGACCCCAGUGGGACCGGGGACUGGGAGACUCUGGCUGAUCUUCAGAAACAGAAUCCAAAGCAGAUCUGUGACCGACCACAGCAGAUCGAGGUGGUGACCACGGUGGGGGAGCAUCCCGCCCUCUCCACCAAUCAGCAGUCCCUAUUCUACAUAUUCAAUCCCCUGGAGGGCUUCGUCUGUAAGAACAGCAAGACCCAGCGCUGCCUCGACUACAAGGUGCGCUUCGCCUGCUGCUGCGAGGACAAAGGACCCAAACCCAAGAAGGACAUAGACGCCAAAGAGAAGGAGCAAUAG